AUGGACCCUACUUUCUUCCCGUUCGACACGCACACGUGCUCCAUAGAAAUCACCAGCUUCGGUUACACCCUUUCGGAGGUCAACCUGACGGUGCUAGGACAUGGGAUGGUGACGGACUUCUACCAGAAGGAUGGGUUAUGGAAGAUGAUCGACCACUCCAGUUCUCGCUCUGUGUUCGUUCAUGAUGGCGAUUCCUAUGCACGCAUUCAGCUUCAGGUGACAAUGAAGCGGCUUCCAAGUUACCACGGAAUUAAUCUGAUUCUACCGGUACUAAUCAACAGUAUUCUUGUAGCCUUCGUUUUCAGGCUGUCGCCUCGGUCUGGAGAAAAGAUGGGGUUUACGUUAACUGUUCUCUUGGCCUACACUGUUAUAUUGACAAUCCUUGCAGACGCUGUGCCUUCUACCUCUGUAUAUACUUCUAUAUUGGAGGUGUAUGUAUCUGCAGUGCUGUUGAUGAGCACAGUGGCCACAGUUCUAUCAGUGUUCUCCCAGGUGAUCUACUUCCGCCCAGUAUCCUGUCCUAUUCCGCCAUGGGUCGCAAGCUUCGCCAAGUGCAUGGCACGAGUUGUGUUCUGGGAGGCAGACAGGCAAAAAUCACGCAUGAAGCCAUCCGACGGUAACGUAUUGGUAUCCCAACCCCCUGGAAACACCCGCUUGAAAGACACCAAGACCCCCGUGGGGUGGGAUUCCCCGUCAGUGGUCUCCCCACAGGAUCUCCCCGAACCCAUCCACUUGACCUGGGAAGAUGUGUCGCUCAUCAUUGACUAUUUCUUCUUCUGGGUGUUUCUGAUCGCCAUAAUCCUUCUCUCUAUCUGCGUGCUGUCGAUUCUCGGUGCCCAGUACUAGAAUGACCAGGAUGCGACACGUGACUUGGAAACCGCCAUCGCUGACAAUUGACAAUUGAUUCAUUCUCCCUCUGGUUGUUCUCAAUCCUGCUGCUGGCGAGCCUCGGCGCCCAGUACUAGAAUGAUCGAGAUCCUACACACAUGUCCUCGAAAGAUGUAUCGCUGAUCAUUGACUCGCCAACGGCCUUUCUCCCGAU